GCCAGCCACAGUGAAGCCUGCACAUUCACGUGCAUUGCCCUUGAAGCCUACAGCAGGCCCAAAGCCCAAGGCAGCAGAUUUGGUCGUUGGACCUUCUGCAAAUGGGGUUGUUCAUUUGCCAAAUGUGAGGACGCAACCAUUCGAAAAGCCGGCCGUGAGUAAGCCCACCUUAAAAAUACCAGCAGUGAAACCAAAGCCCAUUCAAGGAGGCGGCGGAGGGGGAGCUGCGGGAAAAUUUAAGUCGACCGCAGUAGCAAAAGGGCCGGCAAUAAAAAACAAGCUUGCCAGCCAAUUGUCGACCAGAAUGAAGGCCAAGAGCAACGUCAGCAAGUACGUAGGUCUUCAAAAGUAUGUUCGAAAUCGGCCGGAUCUGAUGAGAGAGUUGGUUGAGGCUGGGACCACUGAACUCCCACUGCCUCCCAAUACGCCGCUGGAAGAGAAGAUAAGUUUCCCUGCUCUGGCCACAUUCACGCAGUGCAAGACGAACAAUUGCAGUCAAGAAAUGAUAGAAGCCUUGGGUGAGAUUUCAAAUCUGAGUCCAGUGGGUCCAAUGAGCAGCCACCGAGAUUCGAAAGCGAAGCGGAAAUUUGACUUUUCUAGGUACUCUUUUAUAAAAACGGCAGCUGAAGAGAGUUUGAUCUUGGAUCCAUAUCUGGCUAAGGAUCCAGAUGAUAAAGAACAAGAAAAUUCUACUCUGAAGGCAGCUGCGGAGCAAACCCCUCCUCGCAGGAUUUCCGAUGAGAAGCCCAACUACUUAAGUCCAUAUGUGAGCGUCUCGCGCGGUAAAGUCAACUCUCGCUGUGAGCGUGAGAAGCGAAACAGCAUUUAUUUGCCCGGUGAGGAGUAUCCUGUUGCCAAUCGGCGGGCCCUCGAGUCGGUGCUCUACUUUCGCAUACAGCUGGAGAAUGAGAUUCGACGACUGCGAGAUAUCUGCAGCGAGUGGGAAGCCUAUAGCAAGGAGAAUGAGGCGCAUCUGGUUGAGACGGGCGGCAUAGAUAUGAUCAAUGUGGCCAUUGGACAGACAAAUUUGCUCUCUACCAAGAAAUUGAUGCAGUUCAGCGGUCUGAUUGACCGUUGCGAGGCGGGAGCUACGGGCAAGAACCAUCGACCCUACGAUGGCAGCGAGGAGACGAAACCCGUCCAGGCAGAGGAUCUGGAAGGGUGGUGGGACAUGCUGCGACUCCAGAGUGAGAAUGUUGACAAGCGCUUUGAUAACUUGAAGCGAUGGAAACAGAACAAUUGGCAGGACCCGAUGCAGUUGAGGAAUCGAAAAUACCAGCCAAGCCCGUGGCCAAACUCCAGCGUGUGAUCGUAGUACGCGACCGUCGGUCCUUCUCUCCUGCUCGCACCGUCCUGCGCAUGUCUGUAGGCGAGAGCCGUUCUUCCAAUGGUGGCAACACUCUGCUCAAGUCUGCUAUAUUGGCCGCAGCCGAACAAAACGCUCUUAAUCAUACCCCUCCUCCCAAUAAGGGACGCCAGUCGAUUCUGAAAAAAACAGGGACCAGCAAGCGUGAAAGUCGUGUUAUUUUCAGUACAAAGAAAAAUGUACGGCACUUCAAAUUCACCUACGAAGAAGGCACUAUUAGCGAUGACCAGGGCCCAGCAGAAAAUGAGCCGCAAUCCGCGUCUUAGGCCAUCCACCGAGUUUAUGUAGUUUAUCUAUCAUUUAUUAUUUAAAGUUACGUUUGUGUUUAUAUGUAUAGUAUUAUUUAAUUCUGAAAAUUAUGUUUCAAUUUCAAA